AUGGGUGAUGUAUCCAAGAUUACGCUGGCCACAAGAAAGCAGAUCGCCCGGUGCAGCUUCAUCUCGGAGGUGCUUUUUAUGUACUGCCUGUUUGGUCUUCCGGUCCUCUCGUCCUACUCUCGCCGUUAUGACCACACUUCUAGCAGCUUUAUGCGACUGGGCACCUCCCCUACGGAAUCUGUCAGCCAAUUGGCUGCAGUGACCUUUCAUCGGCUCCUUGACGCUUUCCCCCCGGAAAAGUUGUACCUUCGCGGCAACACGAAGGCAGAGCGAGAAAGAAUGGUCAUGCUUUCACCUUUCGAGCAAGUGGCCUGGCCCGCCGUCUUUUUCGAAGGACUGAGCAGCAACACAAGCCAACCCAUGCGCAUUUUCUCCUACCAAGACCUCGGCCUCGCCGUCGAGAUAAAGUUGAAUCCGCACAAUGCGAAAAUGAUAAAACAGACGCUUCGUCCCUCGUUGCGCCCCCCGCGUCAAGGGUCGAUCACCAUGGCCACGCUUGUCGACGGCGGAAUGGUUCCCAUCCCGCAAAGCGAAUUUGCACGCAAGAUGGCGCACUUCGCGAAGCUCCAGGAGAUCCGCGCACGCCGACAGAACAACACCGGAACAUAUCGGGACGCAACCCUUGACGAGCUCCGGAGUCAAGCUAUGGUUUAAACAACGAAUGAACAUCAACUUCUAAAAUGUGGUCCGCGGGGCGGACGAAAAACACACGACUACCUGUUCGACGAGGCUCGGCUGAGCUCCUCCGCCCCCCACAGGAAAGGGCAGCCGUUCCGUUUUAUGCAUUGCCAGGACACCAGCCUGGUGUCACAGACAGUCACCCUCACCACGGGUGCAAUUCCGUACGACCAUCGCCGAUAUCUUGAUCUUCAUCUCCAUCAACAUCUGCUCCUGCAUAUAGUUUUGUGACUUCACCUUUAGAUUGCCAGGACAACUUGCACUUGGUCGUGGUGGUGUCAACUACAUGUGGCCCGAAAUAAGAGGAUGCUGCACGUUCAUUUUUAGAAGUUAAGACGUAUUGUGCUUAUACAUAGUCCAUUGAAUUACGACUGUUCUUUGGAAAAGAAAUGUGUCCGAGCAACUUUCGGCUACAACUUCUGUGCAAGCAGGAUGAUUACCACAACUGGUCGUGCUGCUACAAGUACGAAAUCAUCUUUUUCUUGUGAGGUAAAUGGUAUGAAAAGCAGCGUGAGCGUCAGGCUUCUAUUUGUAUUUUAAUUUUUGUCU